UAGCCACUAGGACUCAGCAGCCCGUUCCCCUGUUUGCUUCAGUCCCGCAUUGCAUCCGAGCCGAAGGCGUGGGGAACCUGAAGAAGAGCCUGAAGCCUUGGGCUGACUGAGCGUUCAGGCUGUGAGCUCGCCGGGGACGUGAACCUCCGCCUGCCCGAGGACGGGCUGGGCCUCGAGCGAGCGCUGGCCGAGCAGACCUCGGAGACCAACGUACCCGUGGUGUUUGUGAAACGGAGAAAGCUAGGCGGCUAUGGUCCAACCCUGAAGGCUUAUCAGGAGGGCAGUCUUCAAAAGCUACUAACCAUGAACGGCUCUGAGGACCUCCCCGAGUCCUACGACUAUGACCUCAUCGUCAUCGGAGGGGGCUCUGGAGGACUGGCAGCCGCCAAGGAGGCAGCCAGAUUUAACCAGAAAGUGAUGGUUCUGGAUUUUGUCACGCCAACUCCUCUUGGAACUAAAUGGGGUCUCGGAGGAACAUGUGUGAACGUGGGCUGCAUACCGAAGAAACUGAUGCACCAGGCAGCUUUGUUAGGACAAGCCCUGAGAGACUCUCGGAACUACGGGUGGAAAGUCGAGGAGAUGGUUAAACAUGACUGGGAAAAAAUGACAGAAGCUGUCCAGAGUCACAUUGGCUCCCUGAACUGGGGCUACCGGGUGGCUCUGCGGGAGAAGAAAGUCACCUAUGAGAAUGCUUACGGGCAGUUUGUGGGUCCUCACCGGAUUAAGACAACGAAUAACAAAGGCAAAGAAAAAAUCUACUCAGCAAAGAGAUUUCUCAUUGCUACUGGUGAAAGGCCCCGUUACUUGGGCAUCCCUGGUGACAAAGAACACUGCAUCAGUAGCGAUGAUCUUUUCUCCUUGUCUUAUUGCCCGGGUAAGACCCUGGUGGUCGGAGCAUCCUAUGUCGCUUUGGAAUGUGCCGGAUUUCUUGCUGGCAUUGGUCUGGAUGUCACUGUCAUGGUACGGUCCAUUCUCCUUAGAGGAUUUGACCAGGACAUGGCCAACAAAAUUGGUGAAUAUAUGGAAGAACACGGUGUCAAGUUUAUCAGACAAUUCGUACCAAUAAAAGUUGAACAGAUCGAAGCAGGGGCACCAGGCCGACUCAGGGUGGUAGCUCAGUCCACCAGCAGUGACGAAAUCAUCGAAGGAGAGUACAACACGGUGUUGCUGGCAAUAGGAAGAGAUUCCUGCACAAGGAACAUUGGCUUAGAGGCCGUGGGGGUGAAGAUAAAUGAAAAGACUGGAAAAAUACCUGUCACGGAUGAGGAGCAGACCAACGUGCCUUACAUUUACGCCAUCGGCGACAUCCUGGAGGGGAAGCCGGAGCUCACCCCGGUCGCCAUCCAGGCGGGCAGGCUGCUGGCUCAGAGGCUGUACGCGGGCUCCACUGUCAAGUGCGACUAUGAAAAUGUUCCUACCACUGUCUUUACUCCUUUGGAAUAUGGCGCUUGUGGUCUUUCUGAAGAGAAAGCCGUGGAGAAAUUUGGGGAAGAAAAUAUUGAGGUUUACCACAGCUACUUUUGGCCGCUGGAGUGGACGGUUCCAUCAAGAGAUAGCAACAAGUGCUAUGCAAAAAUAGUCUGCAACAUGAAAGACAGUGAACGUGUUGUGGGCUUCCACGUCCUGGGUCCAAACGCUGGAGAAGUCACACAAGGCUUCGCAGCCGCGAUCAAGUGCGGACUGACCAAGCAGCAGCUGGACAGCACCAUCGGAAUCCACCCCGUCUGUGCGGAGGUAUUCACGACUCUGUCGGUGACCAAGCGCUCCGGGGGCAACAUCCUGCAGGCUGGCUGCUGAGGUUAAGCCCCGGUGUGGAUGCUGCUGCCGAGACGCCAUCCCUCCGGGGUCUCCUUGCCCACAUCCAAGGUGAAGUGUUUAGGAAGCGUCUUGGGCUCUGGCACCUGCGUGUCCUGUGCUAACAUCACCCGAGGCCCCCCCUUGGAUCUCCCGGGCAGGAGGCGGUGGAUGGAAGGCAAGCAGCGUCACACUGGGGUCACCACGAUGGACUCGAAACUGGCCUUCGGCAGUGCAUCGGAGGGAUGCGUCCAUGAAGUCACCGGGCCCAAACCCGCGCGCGCGGUGGGCCGUGAUGGAGCGACUGGCGAAGCAGUUUCCGCAUGCCCCUUCUUCCUCUGCAGGUUUUCUUACUCUCUUUGUCCGGCUCCUGAGGCCGGUUCUUGUUUUCUAUUUUCUCUAAGGUGUUAAAGAUACUAGAGACGAGAAGCCUGAGCCCUCGAGUUUUGUCUAAAGCAGGUCAGGGCUCAGGGGCGCACGUUGGGCGCCUCGCUGCUCCAGAGGCAUGAUUCAGCUCCCUUGGCGGCCAGUGGUAGGCUCGUCCCCUGGACUCGGAUGGUCUGUGCCACUCCCCUGACCCGUCUGGCAUCGUUUCCCCUGAUAAGUUACACGUUCAGGCGAGUAGAUGUGUGAUUGGUGGCCAGACUCGCCCCCGAGUGCUGCACCACUAGUUACGAUGAGUUUCAGUCCUGUUUAGGGAAAGGAAAAGGCCCGUUGGAGGCGCUGUUCCACUGCAUGGGACCUCGCAGCCUGGCACGAUUUCCAUCGUCAUUGAUCACGGAGGCAGACACACACCUAAAUGUGAAACACAGUAAAUGUCUUUCCCUCAUUGCAUGCUGGUCUAAGUGAGCCGCAACACCUAACACUGGCUUACAACCUUUUUUUUUUUUUGUAACUUUAACUUCAAGCUAAAAACACAGAAUAUCACAGCUUCAUUUUUCAUGUAUAAUAUGUAUCUGUCUCUUCCUAAGAACUACAUUUAUAGGGAGGUUGUUCUUUCUUACACUUUCGAUUUAACUCCUUUGUGGUAAUUACUAUUUUGAGGAAGUUGUUAAUAGCAUAAGUUAUUACUAUUUUUGAACACAGGUGGAUGUGAAGGAUUUUUGUUUAAAAACCAAAUGGUUUUGAUAUCUUCUGUUGAACGAAUGACGAUACCUGGUGGGAUCUUGGCCGGAGUGUUUAUGCCUCGUUUCCAUUCCAACUCGCGUCACUGCGGAGAGGCACGAACUCCGCCGUCGGGGGGUUCCGUGUGCAUGCAGUAAGGGCUACCUCUGGGCCACCUCCUCGCUACCUGAGCUGGAUUGUACACGUGUGCCGUGGACACCAGGCCUCCCACCAGCGGGUCCCGUAGCUCCCUUUUCAUUCCCCCCGCUCUCGUGUUCCUCAGCCACGACACCGAGGACUAGAGUCACAGUCCAUUUCUCGGUCACCUCAGGGAACCCAGGCUUCCGCCUGGCAUUCCGUCAGCAGAGCACCCGACCCGUCCCACGGGGCUCUGCCUCGCCCCCCCCCCCGCCCCCCAUGUGCGAGACAAAGACGCCAGAAGGGGAGAUGGUGAGGGGAACCGAGGCAGUUGACCGUGUUGAGUUUUAUUUAUUUUUUAAAAUUUGUCUUGCCUCCACGUCUGUCGGUCUCUGAAGUGAGAGCAGCAGGCAGCGUGAGACGAUGGAGCCGAAUCAUGUGGUUCUCCCUGCUCCGUAGAGUGGACGGUUCUGCCCCCACGGGAAGGAUCACACUUUAUGGCCUCGCCUGGUUUUGAUUCUGUAACUGCCCGAUUUAUCAAAACAUAUUAAGUUCCAUGUUUCUUUUUGUUAUAAUUCUUUUUAAAAUAAAAACAAUGUGAACCAUUAAAAGUCA